UUGAGUCUCUUACAGGUCACAGCCGCACUCACUUCAAUUAUUUUGUUCUUGACGAUCUACAUAGGAGCGGCGUUUUAAUUUAAAGGUAUAUGCCUGAUCCGCGUGCUAAAAAUAAGACUCACUAGUCAUAACUUAGGACAGUAGUACGUUGUCUGUUUAUGAGUCGUGACGUCUUUCUAUUGUGUACCUGCGUGUUCAACAAAUAAAAACAAAAUGACUCGGUGUUCUAUUCUUGAGUGCAGAAAUAAUAGCCGAACUAGCAACUUAAUACGAUCAGGGGUUUCAUAUCAUCGUUUCCCUAAAGAUUCUGAUUUACGAGAUAAGUGGAUAGCUGCUACCGGUAGGAUCAAUUGGACACCUACGAAAACAAGUUGCAUUUGUUCGGAACAUUUUGCAGAAAAAGAGAUUCUCUUAACAGACAAGGGAUAUAGGUAUCUGAAUCCUGAUGUUGUUCCUACGAAAAAAAUUAUGAUUUAUCAAAAUGAAUCCUCAGAAGAAGAAAAUUCUUCCAACACAGAUUUAGAUGAGGAUGGGUCAAAUUCAGAAACACCAAAAAGGAAAGCUUACGUUAAAACAGAUCCACUAAACAUUGACCCUGUUACUAAUAAAAGUAGUUCAAUGGACUCCUCCGUGCUCGCUGGUAUGUUACGUAGAACAAGAAUACUUAUAAUAAAAAAGGAUUUACAAAUCAAACGCUUGCAAGCUCAAAAUCGUAGGAUGCGACAAAAGCUUGAAAAUAUGGAAAAGUACCUAAAACCUAAAAAGAUCAAGCAUAAAAAUGAUCACGGACAUCCAGUUGGCCGUAUUCUCCAACAUUCUGGGCGUGUCGAUAUUUCUGCUAGUGAUUCUCUACCAUUACAUAAACGCAAAUAGCACAAAAUGAAGGUCACAGUAGGAGCCUACCAUUCAAUUAUUUUUAUUAUCAUACUGUUAAAUAUAAUAAUGUAAGUAACUGAA